CAAAAGUGAAAAUCGGAAAUACAGAACAGGAGUUUAAUUUAAUUGAAAAUAGACGAAAAAUACAAAAAGAAAAGUCCGGGAAAUGUCGGUCAAUACCGGAAAAUAUGUAGCAGAACGAUCGGAAACUGCCGAUGACACAGGCGAAGUUGGAUAUCGAAUAUCAAAGGAAAAUGAUCGGAUUGAUUCGAAAUAUGGCUUUGAAAGAGUUAAAGACACGCAAGAACGGACUGGUUACUUGUGUAACAUGCAUUCGACGGAAAUUUUGAAUGAAGAUCGUCGCUUAGUUGCUGCCUUGGAUUUAUAUUUCAUCCAAAUGGAUGGAUCUCGUUACAAAGUGACGGUAGUAUAUCCUCCGUAUUUGUUGAUUGUGCCACGAGAAGGUCAGGCAUUGGAAGUUGCUCGAUUCUUGAACAAAAAAUAUGCCGGAGUAAUGCAAAAGUUGGAACAUAAACACAAAGAAGACCUGGACCUAGCAAAUCAUUUGUCAGGAAAGCAGUUGGAAGUACUUCAAAUGUGGUUCCCCAACAACAAUGCAAUGAUCAAAGUGCGUCGCGAACUGUUAGCGGCAGUAAAACGGAACAAAGAACGCGCUCAAACAAACACAAAUUACAUGCAAAUGUUGAGUAAUUCUCUCGCUAACGCAUCGAAUGUGGCAAAAUUGGAUUCAGGUGAAAAUCCGUUGGAUUUGAUCAUUGAUAUUCGUGAGCAUGAUGUUCCGCAUCACGUUCGAGUCUCAAUUGACUUGCAAAUUUUCUGCGGAUUGUGGUACGAUGUACGAUGCAAGCCCGAAGCCACAGAGUUGCCCGUUAUAAAAGCACGUCCCGACAUUCUCGAUAGACCGGAACCGAUUGUGUUGGCAUUCGAUAUUGAAACAACCAAAUUACCGCUGAAAUUUCCGGAUGCCCAAACGGAUCAAGUCAUGAUGAUUUCCUACAUGAUCGAUGGACAGGGCUACCUCAUCAUCAAUCGUGAGAUCAUUUCGCGAGACAUUGAGGAUUUUGAAUACACGCCGAAACCCGAGUUCGAAGGAAACUUUAUUGUAUUCAAUGAAGCAAAUGAGAUGGCAACUUUGCAAAAAUUCUUCGAUCACAUUAUGGAAGUGAAGCCCCACAUCGUUGUCACAUACAACGGAGACUUUUUCGAUUGGCCUUUUGUGGAGACACGAGCAGCCGUCUACGACUUGGACAUGAAACACGAAAUUGGAUUUAGCAAAAAUCGCGAUGGAAAUUAUUUGUGUCGACCUUCUAUGCACAUGGAUUGCUUGUGUUGGGUUAAACGUGACUCGUACUUGCCCGUUGGCUCGCAAGGUCUUAAAGCUGUGGCUAAAGCUAAGUUACGGUACGAUCCGGUGGAGUUGGAUCCUGAAGAAAUGUGCAAAAUGGCUGUUGAACAACCUCAAGUACUUUCGAAUUAUUCCGUGUCUGAUGCCGUUGCCACAUAUUAUUUGUACAUGAAAUACGUCCAUCCCUUUAUUUUUGCGUUGGCCACUAUCAUUCCCAUGGAACCGGAUGAGAUUUUGCGCAAGGGUUCUGGAACACUGUGCGAGUCGUUGUUGAUGAAGGAAGCAACCGUCGUCAAUAUCAUUUAUCCGAACAAACAAAUGGCGGAAUUGAACAAACUCACGGACGAUGGACAUGUCAUCGAAAGUGAAACCUACGUUGGUGGUCACGUGGAAGCACUCGAAUCUGGUGUUUUUCGUGCUGAUAUUCCGUGCAAAUUUCGCGUUGAUCAAAAAAUGGUCAUUAAGUUGCGAGACGAAGUUGAAAAAGUAUUAAAAUUCGCAAUUGAAGUGGAAGAAGGCAUCCCUCUGGAACAAGUCACCAACUUUGAGGAAGUCAAAAAACAGGUCACCGAUGCCCUUCAGAGCCUGCAUGACAUCCCAACACGUUUAGAACAACCCGUUAUUGUACAUUUGGAUGUCGGAGCUAUGUACCCAAAUAUUAUUUUGACGAAUCGUUUGCAGCCGAGUGCAAUGGUUACAGAAACUGAUUGUGCUGCUUGUGACUUUAACAAGCCCGGUGCUUUGUGUAAGCGUGAUAUGGAUUGGUUGUGGCGUGGUGACAUGCUGCCAGCAACAAAAAAUGAGUUUCAUCGCAUACAGCAACAAUUGGAGACGGAAAAAUUUCCGCCCAUAUUGCCAGGUGGUCCUCAAAGGGCGUUCCACGAGCUGUCCAAGGAAGAUCAAGCAGCGUACGAAUUAAAACGGCUGAAGGAUUACUGCAGAAAAGCUUAUAAAAAGACGAAAGUCACGAAAAUGGAGACUCGAACGUCGACGGUGUGUCAAAAAGAAAACAGUUUCUACGUUGAUACAGUGCGUGCCUUCAGAGAUCGCCGAUACGAGUACAAGGGAAUGACCAAAGUGGCAAAACAAGCAGUUACUGCAGCUAUCGCUAGUGGAGAUGCCGCCGAGAUCAAGGCAGCAAAAGGACGCGAAGUCUUGUACGAUUCGCUGCAACUUGCCCACAAAUGUAUUUUGAAUUCCUUUUACGGUUAUGUGAUGCGCAAAGGAGCUCGUUGGAUGAGUAUGCCCAUGGCUGGAAUUGUGUGUCUCACCGGCGCGAAUAUCAUUACAAAAGCACGUGAAAUCAUCGAACGCGUUGGAAGACCUCUUGAGUUAGAUACAGACGGAAUUUGGUGUAUUUUACCGGCAUCGUUCCCUCAAGAGUACACAAUUCACACAACUCACCCGAAAAAGAAGAAAUUAAACAUUUCAUAUCCGAAUGCCGUCUUGAAUUCCAUGGUUAAGGAUCACUUUACAAAUGACCAGUAUCAUUCAUUGACAAAACCUGGCGAAAAUGGAUCACUGCCCGAGUAUAAAGUUCAUCCGGAAAACACAAUUUUCUUUGAAGUUGACGGUCCGUACUUGGCAAUGGUGUUACCUGCGGCAAAAGAAGAAGGCAAAAAAUUGAAAAAACGUUACGCUGUCUUCAAUUUCGACGGAUCGCUAGCUGAGCUGAAAGGCUUUGAGGUAAAACGUCGCGGAGAAUUGCAGUUGAUCAAAAUUUUCCAAUCAUCCGUAUUUGAAGCAUUUCUCCAAGGCAAAACACUAGAACAAUGUUAUGCAAGUGUCGCGAAAAUUGCGGAUUAUUGGCUUGAUGUGCUUUAUAGCAAAGGUUAUAACAUGCCUGAUAGCGAGUUAUUCGAAUUGAUUGCCGAAAAUCGAUCCAUGUCACGUAAACUCGAGGACUACGGAGCGCAAAAAUCCACGUCAAUUUCAACGGCAAAACGUUUGGCUGAAUUCCUGGGCGACCAAAUGGUCAAAGAUGCUGGCUUGGCAUGCAAAUAUAUCAUUUCGCGCAAGCCUGAAGGUGCCCCAGUCACUGAACGAGCAAUCCCCUUAGCUAUUUUCCAAUCUGAAGUGAAUGUUAAGAGACAUUAUUUACGCAAGUGGUUGAAAGACAACACAAUCGGUGAUGCGGACAUUCGUGAAAUAUUGGAUUGGAAUUACUAUAUUGAACGAUUGGGAGGAACAAUUCAGAAAAUUAUUACAAUUCCAGCAGCCUUACAGGGAAUUAGUAAUCCAGUGCCUCGUGUUCAACAUCCUGACUGGUUGCAUAAGAAAAUGCUGGAAAAAAAUGAUGUUUACAAGCAGAAACGGAUAAGUGACAUGUUUUUCGUGAAGGAAAAACCGACCGUUCAAGAAAAAGAUGUCAUGCAAGACGAAAAUAUGGAUACAAGUAACUCGGUACCGGACAUCGAAGAUUUCGGACCGUCCAAAGCAGGCACUAGUGCAAAACCUCCCCUCGUAACGACAAAUAAACGUCGACGAGACAAUUCGCAAGACGAGGAAGAUGGCGUGCCCGCACCAAAAACAUGGCGAGAAGCUCUCGGAAGUCCCCCGAAACCGGGUAACACGAAGGAAGAACUAAUUGAAUGGGUGAAAUUUCAAAAAAAGAAAUGGCGAUGGCAGUUGGAUCAGCGUAAAAAGCAACGUGAUCCUCGAAAUACGAAAAAAUCACGCACAGAAGCCACUUCGGGUGCACCAAAUGCCUCUCUAGGACAAAAUAGACCGGCACAAGCAACAGUUGGCGGAUUUUUACGUCGCGCUCAACGAAAUAUCCUCGAACAACCGUGGCAAAUUAUUCAAGCGCAACAAAGUGACGAUGCUGGUAAUUUUAUUCUUUGGUUGAUGAUUGAUUACGAGCUGCACAAAAUCAAGUUGACCGUUCCUCGAAUUUUCUAUGUGAAUCAGCGUAAAUUAGCGCCACCAGAAGAAGAUGGCAUGUGGAAGAAAGUUCAUCGGGUACUGCCACGAACACGUCCGGUGCACUAUUUGUAUCGUUAUGUCGUGCCAGAGAAAGUUUUUCAAGACAAUCGUUUGGGAAUGUUAGUUGAUCUGGCCACUCCCGACAUCGAAGGCAUUUAUGAGACACAAAUGUCACUGGAGUUUCGCGUAUUGAUGGAUUUGGGAUGCGUUUGUGCCGUCGAACGGAGCGAAGCUAAGAGAUUGAUUGCGGCAAAUGCAAAAGAUAUUGACACUUUUUCGUUAACGCAACUUGAGUUCAAGUCGGUCGGUCAAGCUCCGUAUCUCAAGGAGUUUAAUCACUUGAAAAAAAUAUUCUUGUAUCAGCACUCAAUUCCAUCAGGAAAGCGAGAAAUGUGGGGAUUGUUCAUGGAGCCUAUUAAGAAAGCUGUUAUUGUUAUUUUAGACACCGUGCGGACAAAUCAAUUGCCCAACUUGCGAGCAUUGUACUCAACGGAAAGAACUGCAUAUCUGCAAGACAAGGGGGAAAAUAAUAUUGUUGCGGAGGAUUUUACAUUUACUGCUCACAACUGCUUGGACAUGUCUGAAGUAACGAAAUUCCUUUCAAAAGCCCUGACACAGUAUCAACAGGAAAAGAAGGGUCCCACUGUUAUUUGCAUGCAAACAAUUACUGAGCCAUCUCGAAUUGCUCAAAUUCUUCCAAUUGUCUCGGAGUUCCCUCAAAUCCCCAUUCACAUUACGGACGAUGCUGCUUUGCUUUCUGGCUUAGAAUGGCAGAGAUUUGGAGCGCGGUCUAUCAUGCGACAUUUCCUCAACCUCAAUACCGUAGUGGACUUGAUGCUGGAACAAUGCAGAUAUUUCCAUUUGCCCGUGGGAAAUAUGCCGAGAGACACGAUGAUGUUUGGCGCAGACUUAUUUUACUCACGUUUAUUACAAAAACACAAUUUUGUACUUUGGUGGUCGUCUACCAACCGUCCUGACUUGGGAGGUCGUGAAGCCGACGAUAAUCGUCUCUUGGCCGAGUUCGAAGACAGUAUUUCUGUGGUGCAAAACAAGGCGGGAUUUUUCCCAAAUGUUUGUGUCGAGUUGGCAAUUGACAGUCUUGCUGUAAGUGCGCUUCUCCAAGCUGCUAAAAUUCAAGAUAUGGAAGGUGCCAGUUCUGCCAUCACUUUUGACGUCAUUCCGCAAGCAUCGCUAGACGAGAUGAUCGGAACAAAUACGUCAGCUGCGUUACCGAGUUACGACGAAACUGCUCUUUGUUCAAAUGCUUUUCGUGUGAUGCGACAAAUGGUUAAUGCGUGGCUAAAGGAAGUGUCAAUUCAUCGCAACAUGUACUCUGACUAUCAAAUUGUUCACUUUUAUCGAUGGGUCCGAUCAAGUCGGGCAUACUUGUAUGAUCCUGCAUUGAGACGUGCCUUAAAUACGCUGAUGCGAAAGUUGUUCCUUCAAAUUGUCGCGGAAUUCCAAAGACUCGGAGCGGAAAUCAUUUAUGCGGAUUUUACGAAAGUUGUCAUCAAUACGAACAAAAAAAACGUUGUCGAUGGAAUUAGUUAUGCGGACUACAUUGUGAAGAGUAUUCGGAAUAAAGAGCUAUUUCACAGUGUUCACUUGUCCUUUCAACAAUGCUGGAAUUUCCUACUUUGGCUGGACACUGCAAAUUAUGCCGGAAUCCGUGGUGAAUUGCCAAACGAAGUUCAGUCUUCUCAAAAUACCACGAUGGAUGGUGGCGAAUUGACUCUCGAAAUGAAUUGGGCCAUUGCUGAGUCGUUGCCGAACGAGGGCAAGUGUCGGGAAAAUUUUGAAACCUUCAUGACGUUAUACAUGGAAGCUUUGGCAGAAGGAUCGACACCAGUUGAAGGAAUUAAAACAAUGAGCCACAAUAUCUACGAUCUCAUUCAUAAGAUGCAAAAGGCGUAUGGACGUGGCAAGGAAGGACCAGCAUUGGAAUUGAUCAAAGCGGUUGUCAAAGUUUUGGGUGUCGAUGCAACUUUAGUUGAUGAGCUCGCUUCACUUCGUCGAAAUAUGUUACGUCUUGUCGGAGUUGGUGAAUUCAGUGAUUUGGCAGUGUGGAAAGAGCCAGCUAACUCGUAUACGUUAAGUGAAAUUAUAUGCAAAGCGUGUAAUCAUUGUCGUGAUCUCGAUUUAUGUAAAGAUAAGCAUCGUGCAAGCAAAGAUGGAAAACCAGUGUGGCUUUGCUCCCAGUGCCUAGUUUGUUACGACAACAAAGAAAUCGAAAUGCGAAUUAUUGAUGUUGUCCAGCGAAAAAUGAUGUCGUACACCUUGCAGGACUUGCGAUGCGUGAAAUGCAAGCAAAUCAAGCGUGAAAAUAUGACUCCUUUCUGUUCGUGUGCUGGCGAUUUUGAAAAUCUCAUUCCAAAGUCACAUGUCAAAAAUUUACUGGAAACUUUCAAGGGAAUCGCAGAAAAACAUGGAAUGAUCCUUUUGAAUGAGCUAAUAGAAAGCUUAAAUGAAACAUAUCGCUAAUUUUAUAUUUUUUCUGUAUGUAUUUAUGUAUUAUUUUUACAAUUGAGAACGAAUAAAUUUU